AUGAAAAGAAAAGCCUGUGCUGAAGUUGCUAUCAACUCCAUCGAUUUUGACCUUCCUGAGGACGUAUCCGAAUCUGAGUUGAUAUCCAAAGUCCAUGAGCUGAAUAUGAAUCCCAAUGUUCAUGGUACAUUGGUACAACUACCAUUGCCUAAACAUAUAAACGAGGAGAAAAUUCUGAGUGAAAUAUCGCUCGAAAAGGAUGUCGAUGGAUUUCAUCCCCUAAACCUUGGCGGAUUGGCAAUGAAAGGCGGAGAUCCAUUGUUCGUACCCGUACACCAAAGGGCUUUUCUUGCUGGCAAGUUGAAGGCACUGGUGGCUUUACUUAAAACUUAA